AUGGCAUCGAUAUCGAAUCUAUACGUCAAGCCCGAGUUCGUCUACAGGGGAGGAUGGAGGAAUUGGGACAAUGAUGCAGCGACAGGCGGCCAGAUCACUAUGCUCAAGGAUGACGCCGAACUUCUCAGUAUCUUUAUCGGUAUCUUUCUCGUCUUUGUCGCCGCUGGGCUUUGGACCCUGAUCGCCUACCUCAUCUUCCAACUGAACCGGCGCAAGCGACAAAAAGAAGACUCUGGCGCCUUUGACGGCCUGUAUCACCAACAACAGACCAUCCUCCGGAAUGGCAGCAGUGAUGUCGCAAUUGGAUCCUCAUUUUUAAAGCUAUGGCUUGCAUGGGGGAACAGUCCCAAGGUCCUGAAGAGCACAUUGCCCAUUGCUGCUCUUGCACUUGUCAGCUUUGGCUUCUUCCUUAUUUCUCUGCCUUUCAUCACCGCCAUGGAGAUGUUGGACAACCAGGGGAACCAAGUAUUGAUACAAAGUCCCAAUUGCGGCUUCUGGGAACCAGAUACGGAUGGCCCGCUGGGUCCGUUCCUAGCUUUCACGAAGCAGACGCGAGAGGCUGUCUCAUACGUCGACAACUGCUAUGAGACCGACGGUGAGUCAGCUCUCUGCGACCAGUUUCUUUCCGAACGCCAACUACCAAUUAUCAGAGUGGUCAAUGUGUCAUGCCCAUUUCAUGAGAGCAUAUGUCUUCCUAGGACAAAGGGGGAUAAGCACCCUGCCAUCACCAUCAAGACGGACGAGCUAGACUCCCACAAGCACUUUGGGAUCAACGCACCUCCAGAAGAGAGGAUCAAGUUGCGACGCUCCGUGACGUGCUCUCCCGUCAAUAUCGACAAGUUCAGUGAAGUCACGGAAGAUAUCGCGACAGGAGAAAAGAUGAUGGGUAUCUUUUUUGGACGCACGAGUACCACCAGCUACACCUACGGCUCGAGUAACAAAAGAAUAGGCAUCGACCCUUCGUAUAAUCUUAGCCGAGUGGCGGGCAACGCUUCCUAUGCCCAGCUUUUCGAGCCGAUCACCGAACUUCGCCGGAACGACGCCGACAUCACCAUCGCCUUUCUUAGUAAUAGCUUUAUUGCCGUCUCUGGAAUCGACGGUCCUUGUACCGACCCCUUCUUCUCUGCUACAAAGGAGCCGUUGCAAGGUGAUGCGGUCCAUGGCUACUACUGGCCUGACAGCCCCGUCACAGGCAUCGGCUGCAUUGAGCAGUACCAGUUCUCGAAGGCUGGGUCGGAGGAAUGGACACCGUUAGCGAGCUAUGGUGACGCCAGUACGAAUUUGACGUUUAUAGACCAGCUAUCGAUCAAGCAAGUCGCUGCUUUCGCCCCGAUCCAAUGGGCCAUGCGCGUGGGUGGGAUCGACCAGGCCCUAGACAUUCUUCGGACUGAAGCCCUCAGAGCAAGAAAGGAUCCCGGUAUGUACAACGAUCUGCAGCAUCCCCUGCCAAACGAUCAAUGGAUACGUGAGGUAGAGUAUUGGUUCAUGAUCGGGCUUGCCAAACUCCAACUGGGGGUCGUUAACGUUGCCCUGGGUCCGCAAGAUCCGGAAAACUCUGGCAUGAGGGACAAUACUACGUGGGUAGUACAGAAAAGGAAGGAUUUGAUGGAUUACGUGUGCUCGUCUCAAAAGAUCCACAGUCUCGAGUUCAAGAACCUUCACAAAGCGGGCUUCAUUGCGCUUGCUGUGCUUGGUGGCUUGGCCAUCAUCCUUCCGUCACUCGUCCUGCGCACUAUGAUCUGGUGGCGUAAAGGGCAAGAUGAUGUUUUGACGUGGAAGUCAUAUGGACAGCUACAACUCCAGCGCAUGGCAGCAGAAGGAGCAGGUGUCCAGGGCUGGAAGAGAGGAAACGAGGAUGUUCCCUUAUUGGAUCCCCAUGACCAGUCGUCAGGGGAUGUGGAUGUGAGGAACAUGGGUGUCGAUGGACUUCCACACCCAGUUUGGGCUGGGCCUAGUUCCCAUCCGACUUCCGUCCGGGGGCCUGUACCUCGCCCCUAUGACGAGUAUCAUGGAGGGAAUGUGAAAGACGAGUUUGAAGAUGUUCUUCUGGAAGUGAUGCCUAUGGCGCAGGGAUAUGGACAGAGAAGACAGGGAGGCUACAAUCAGCCUCUUCUAAUGCUCACUUAA